CCUCCGCCAGUUGCGACGAAGAACCUAAAGAGGCGGAAGCCUCGUCUAACGCCUCGAAGACCGCCUUAGAAUGAUGUCUUCCUAAAACCUAGGACGGGUGAGACAGGCAAUCGCUUGGGGAGAAAAGAUAGAUAAAUGUACUAAUUUGUUAUUAGUAUUUGCAUCCUGUCCUUCAAGCAACUUUGUCUCCAACAUGCAUUGGCUUCCUUGUUUACAAAAAAUCUGCAAUCAAUUUACUUUGCAUACUUUCAUUCCAAAUUGCUUAGGUAUGUCAGUAAAAUGCAUACAUUCUUCAUUAACAAGUACAUGUGAAACUGAAAAGAAAUCAUUGCAUUUCAGUAUUAGUGAAAACUUACAGGAUGAAAUACACAGCGAAGAUAGUCAACAGUUACAUAAAUCAGUUAUGGUGGAAGAAGUUAUUGAAUUUUUAGCACCUCAAAAAGAACAGCAUAUUCUUGAUAUGACCUUUGGAGCAGGAGGUCACACAAAGGCAAUUUUACAAAAGGCAAAGGGUAUUAAAAUAUACGCACUCGACAGAGACCCCACAGCUUAUGAAUUAGCUCAACAACUUUCUGAAUCUUAUCUGCAACAAAUACAGCCUCUUCUAGGAUCGUUUAGUCAAGCAGAAGCCUUAUUAACAUCUUCUGGAGUACAGCCAGCGAGUUUAGAUGGUGUUCUUUUGGAUGCCGGUUGCUCUUCUUUCCAGUUAGAUACCCCAGAAAGAGGUUUUUCCCUAAAAAAGGAUGGCCCGUUGGACAUGAGGAUGGACGGUGACAGGUAUCCUGACACGCCCACUGCUGCUGAUGUUGUGAAUGCUUUAGAUCAACAGGCACUUGCGUCCGUCCUGAAAACAUAUGGGGAGGAGAAGCAUGCCAAAAAAAUAGCUUCAACAAUUGUUCAGGCACGCAGCAUCUAUCCCAUCACCAGAACGCGGCAGCUUGCCAGCAUUAUUGCAGGUGCUUUUCCAGAAACCAUUUUGUAUGCUCGAAAAGACAAACUUUCAAGACCAGCACAUAUAGCUACCAAAACUUUUCAAGCCUUGCGCAUAUUUGUCAACAAUGAGCUACAUGAACUCUAUGAAGGUUUGAAGAUAGCUGAACAUUUUCUAAAACCUGGGGGAAGACUUGUAGCAAUUACUUUCCAUUCUUUAGAAGAUCGUAUUGUCAAAAGAUUUCUGCACGGGGUAGACAUUUCAGAAAGGUUCAACCUUAGUGUAAGGCAGAAGAUCAGGAGAGCAAGAAUGGAUUUAGUAGAAGAGGAGGACGAAUCAUUCGGUGAAAAUUGUAGUUCAAAAUGGAAACUUAUAGAAAAGAAAGUGCUCACUCCCCAGGAUACAGAAAUUAAAAACAAUCCCAGGGGACGCUCAGCAAAACUAAGAGGAGCUAUCAAACUAUGAUCAUAUAUUCUUUUAUACAAUGUAUGAAAAAAAUAAUUCUUUACAUUAAAGAUGAGAACACAAAAAUG